ACGAGGGAGUACGCAUUCAUUAUUCACUCUGAAUAGAGACCUUACAAAGUAUAAUCGUAUAGCCCGUGUCUGGGGCUGUUUCUCGUAUUCAACUGUUCAGUAAAUCUGCAUAUCGCGAAAAGGCAUGAUUUCGAAGCAAGUUUUCGUAUUUAUAACUUUUUCCAUAGUAAAUCAGGCUAUGGGUAAAUGCCGUCAAUCUCCAACAGAAGCCAGCGGUUCUGUAGCAGAUCCUGGUCCUUUCUGUUCUGGAGAUCUGAUUUUUGAAGAAAAUUUCGAUUUUUUCGAUGCGAAUAUCUGGGAACAUGAAGUUAAUAUAGACGGUGGAGGGAACAAUGAAUUACAGUGGUAUGUGAGUGACGAAGAAAAUUGUUAUGUUAACAAUGGUAUCCUACACAUCAAGCCGACCCUAACAUCAGACAAAUUUGGCGAGGAUUUUCUCACCUCAGGGACCAUAGACAUUGGCGACGAGUGCACUAGCUCCAGACCGAAUGGUUGCUCUCGGACAGGAACUCCAGAUGACAUUCUGAAUCCCAUUCGAAGUGCUCGGAUACGAUCCAUUAACUCCUUCAGUUUCAAAUACGGUAGAGUGGAGAUUCGAGCGAAGAUACCAACUGGAAAUUGGUUAUGGCCUGCCAUAUGGAUGCUUCCCACUGACAAUGUCUAUGGUGUUUGGCCUAAAUCUGGAGAGAUUGAUAUUCUGGAAUCUCGUGGAAAUCCAAAUUUAACUCGUUGGGGUAAACAAAUUGGGGUGGAACGGCUUUCUGCAACUUUGAACUAUGGUCUCAGUGAAACCGAUCCUUACGGCAUAGCAAGCCUUUCAAGUAAAAGAAACUCUCCACCGGGACAAGGUUAUAAUCUCGACUUUCAUAACUAUCGACUGGAAUGGGCUGCAGAUCAUAUAACUUUUAAAGUGGAUGAAGAUGAAAUAGGAACGGUUACAGUUGGAGAUGGAUUUUGGAAACUUGGCGGUUUUGGAGCUCAUUUUCCUGAGUCUGCAAAUGUAUGGACCAAGGGAGGGGUUAAUGCACCAUUUGACGAACAGUUCCAUUUUCUUAUCAAUUUGGCCGUGGAAGGUAACUUUUUCCCCGUUCAAGCCAUUAGUCCACAGGGUGAGCCGUGGGUGAACUCAUCACAUCUAAUGACUAAUUUCUGGAAUGCACACGAUGGAUGGCUACCUACCUGGAGUUACGGCAAGAGUGACGAUUCACAUCUUCAGAUAGACUACAUUAGGGUCUGGGCUUUGUAAAAAAGAAGUUAUGAUAAUGGAGGUAUCUAGAAUAUAAAUAAGGUUUUGUUUUACACAAAACAUUAAAAAUGAUAUCUUUUUUAAUAAAUGGUGGUCUUGACUAUAA